UAUAAAAUAUAUUAAAUUUUUAAAUGUUUAUAUUUUUAAUUAAAAUAUUACAUUUUUAUAGAUAAUAUUUCUAAAUUAAUAACAGAUCAAGAAAUCAACUACAAUCGUUUGUUGAACGGUCUACAAGUAACAAGAAAUCGUUGUCGAUUCACUAAAUAUAAAAAUACAAGGAUACAAGAAGCACAAAAUUAUUUAUCUACCGGUAUCUACUCAUUGAAAGAAUUUCUGCUGAUAUUUGAUGUGGAUAGCGGACGUCAGCAAGACGAAAUGGCAUUACUAAUAGACGAUAAUGACGAUGACGAAAUUUGUGCUGAUUUACAUACAGAAGGAGCUAUAGAUGAAGUGCCAAUUAAUAACAUUAAAAUUACACAACGAAAUAUCCGACGUCGAAAACGAACUCGGAGAUGACGUAUAAUUCCAAUGAACUCGAAGUUGCAACUAUUGACAUUGAAGACAAAAAUCAAAGCACUAGUUCUCUUUCUUGUUCAGAAACUAACAAGAAUAAAAAUAAAUUGGAAGUCAUAACUCCAGUUAACAUCGAUUGUAUUAUUGAAAAUUCUUAUGCGUUGGCAGAAAAUACUAUAUAUGAUAGUACGACAGAUAUGUGUGACAGUAACUUAAAUGAACUUACAGAUAAUAAUGAAAAUUGUUCUGAAGCACAAAAUCAAGGAGCAUUUAAUACAGCAGAAGCUGCGGAAGUUGAUGGAAAUAAAGAUACCGAAGAAAGUACUGAUGAUAAUGAGGAACAAGUUUAUAACGUUCCUUAUGAUGAUUAUGGCUAUUGGAUUAACGUUGAGAAUAUAGAGGAAGACAAACAAGAAACACCAUUUCUAUCUAUUAAGAAUAUAAAAUCAACUGUGACUACAAACAAUUUAUAUGAAGAAGGAAGAUGUAUUAUAUGCUUAAGUGAAAAAUCUAAGAUAGCUUUUAUACCAUGUGGUCAUUUAUGUUGUUGCAAAGACUGCAUACAAAAAUUGUUACAAGAAAAAUGUCCUGCGUGCAACACUCCAUAUAGUAAAUACAUCCUUAUAAUAACACCAUAAUAUGACUGUCAGGUAUGACUUAUAUUUCUUAAAUAUAUACUUAUAAAACAUACAUUAAUAAUAUAUAGCAGCAUAGAUAUAUAAUUGCCUAUAUAACUAAUAUAACUAAUAUGCAUAUUACAAUUAUAUGGCAAUUAGAAUAUACAUGUAAGUUACAUGUUACAUGACAGUUAUGUAUCUGUAGUUGCUAAAUAGAAACAAAAAUAUAAGAAUGAAACUUAAUUUAUGUAUAAACAUUUAUAAUUUUUAGAUAUAUCAAUUUACGUAUAAACAAGAGGAUUAAGGAAAUAUUUGAAAAAGAUUAAUGUUAAAAACACGAGCCAAAAACUUUCCAAUACAAAGAUGUAUUAUAAAACCUGUUCUUUAAGCUAAAAGAUUUAAUUAUUUGAUAAAACAUUUAACGUGAUAGAUUUGUUUAAGAAAAGUAUUAAUUAGAUAGAUUUCAAUUUUAUAAGUUCUUCGUUAGCUUUUUUUUAUUACUACACGUUGUUUUGUUUCAUAUUGCGUAGUAAUGUGUAAUGUAGUACACACACUAGUUCUAAUCAUACUGCGAUAUAAAGUGAAAAAUUAGUUGCAAAAUAAUUGUUAAGUAUGUUGGUUCAAUAAUUUAUAACAUAUUCAAAGUACAACAGUAUUUUUCACGCUUUUUAAGAGGAAUAUUAAUUUGCUGGAUGUUAUUGUUUUAAGUUUAAUUAGUUUUUCAACAGUUUUUAUUAAAACACGUUGCGAUUUGUUUUAUAUUGCGUUGUAAUUUGAUAUGUGAUAAUAAUUAUAUUACAAUAUAAGGUGCAAAAUUAGUUAUUACAUACGUUGGUUUAAAUAUUUCAUAACAUAUACGUUUAUUGUACAACAGUAUAUUGCGUUGCAAUAAUUAGUAAUGUGAUACAUAAUAGUCGUAAUCGUUACGAAGCUCGCAGUGACAAAUUGAUGUGUUGUAACUUUAAUAAAAAGAAUAUGUACCAUCUUCUAAGCAAGCAUAUUUCUAGUGUUUACUUAGUGUUUGUAUGUUACAUUUAAAUAAUUAAAAAUUAUACUAUUUCUUGCA